AUGACUAUAAAUAUGCAUCUCACCUCCCCCAACUUUUCAUCAUUCAAAAAUUCAAUUCUCUGUCUUCAUUCGCUUCCAAACUCCACAUCUCUAAUUUCAGUUUUACUCGAACACUUCCAAACUAUAUCGCUCAUUCCAAGCAUCUUCGGGGGCCGACGCACCAACGUCUUCGACCCAUCCUCUCUCAACAUUUGGGACCCCUUUGAUGGCUUCUUCACCUCUGCCCUCAGCAACGAACUCAAUUCAGCCCGCGAAACCUCUGCAUUCGCCAACACACGAAUUGACUGGAAGGAGACGCCGGAGGCUCACAUUUUCAAAUCUGACCUCCCUGGACUGAAGAAAGAGGAGGUGAAGGUUGAGGUCGAAGAGGGAAGAGGGAAGAGUUCUCUAGAUAAUGGCAAGUUUCUCCGGCGGUUCAGGUUGCCGAAAAAUGUGAAGAUGGAGGAGGUGAAGGCUAGUAUGGAGAAUGAAGUGUUGACUGUUACUGUGCCUAAGGUGGAAGAGAAGCAGCCUGAGGUGAAGUCUGUUGAGAUCUCUGGCUAA